AUGACUUCGAAAGAGAAAUACAAUCUAAUUUUGAAACAACAAAUACUAUCUAAUUUCCCUAAAGAAAUCCAAAACAAAGAUUCUCUGAAUCAGUUCAAACAAGUUUUUAAGGAAUUAAUAGAAUCUGGAGAGCUUCCAUCAAAUUUUGGAGAAAACGCUGAAGCUUUUUUGAAUGGAUUUUGUAUAACACUUAUUGACAUGAUACUGGAAUCCAGAUCAUCCGAUUAUUCAGAUAUAAAUCCUCUCUUCGAAGUUUUAAAUUCUAUUACAUACUUAUUUUCAAAUUUUAUUACAUCAAAGUAUUCAAAUUUUCUUCAAAAGUCCUCAAAAAUAUUCACCAAUAUAAAUUCUCCGAUCUACGAAUCAACAAAAAAGGAAGGUGAAAAAUAUUCAUUUAUUUAUUCAAAAUUGUUGAGCCAGUUAUCAACACCACAGUUUUUAAGCGAGUUGGAAAUCCUUUUAGAUCAAUCCCACAACAUUUCUUUCGAAAGAUUAGAAUUUAUUUUAUCAUUAAUUACUUUUUUAUUUAAUACAGGCAUUUAUAAUUUCCACCUUGAUGAAUUCAUGAUGCAUGCCAUACAAUGUCACAUCGAAAAAUGUACAGAUAUGGACGAAAGCUUAUUUAAUUCAGAAAAUAUUAUUUUAAUUGAGAAAAUCUUCGAUUCACUUACCAAAUUAUCUACCAAUGAUCAUCAGAAGUCUCAAAUUUCGUUAGCAAAAGUUGCUCUCGAUGUAAAAUUUUCAAUUUCAGAUCAAUUCGAGAAACAAACGCAAGGAAUUGUCUCUUUAAAGCAAAAACUUUCUGAAUCAGAAGACAAUGAACUAAUAGAUUUUAUCUUAAAAGCAGGACUGAUUUCAAAUUUGAAAAAUCAGAUUUCAAUUCAAAAUUUGAGUCACUUUUUUGAAAUUUUUUCCAAAAUUAUUUCUCAGGACAAAAUGGAAGAAGCUGAUUUUGAGAAAUUGUGGUCAAUAACGAUAAAACAAGAUGAAAUCUCUAUCCAAAAAUAUUUUAAAAAUUGGUGUAAUUUAUUGAGAAAUUUACAAGAAAAGGUGACAAAACCGUUUUUUAAUUCGAUUAUUUCAAUUGAUUUCUACAACGAGAGCAUCCUCAAGUUCCUCAAAAUUGUUGUUUUCGUUUGUCCGGAAGAAGAAAAAACAAAAAUUUUCCGCCAGAUUUCGGAUAAAUAUUUUGAAAUUGAAAAAAGUGACGAACUUUACAUUGAGUUGAUUUUGACUUAUCUCCCAUCAGACAAAGAGAUCCAGAACAAGAUGAUAAACAAAUGCCUCUCCUUCAUAUCCCAAGACAACGUUUUGGAUUUGGCAAUUCCGUUGUUAUCUCAUUCUUGUAAAAAUAUAAAAAGUGAAAGAGCUCAUUCAAUUUAUGAAAACGUGACAAUCGUAAAUCACAAAGGAAUUAUAAAUCUUUUUAAGAUUUUGCUGGAGAAAAUAGAGAAAAACCUGGAAGAAAAAGAAUUUGAAAAACUAAAAGAAUUUGUCAAAGUUUUGUCAGAGAAAUAUAUGAAAGAAAUCUCUGAUUUCCUUGAAUCAAUUUUAGAAUCAAACAAAGAUUUGUUCAGUCAGGAGAUGGUUCUCGACUUACUCCAGCUUAUUUGCAAUUUGGACUCAAAUUCUCCUUCCAAAAAAGUUAUUUCGAUUAUUUACAAAUUAUUGACACAGGAACAAAGAGUCAAAGGCUGCGAGAUGCUCUGGGAAUUGCUUGUUAGAAAUGGUGAUGAAGAAAUUGCUGAUUUUGUUGUCCAAAUCUAUCAAACACAAGUUCCUUAUUUCAUUGAAAAAUGCAACGAAAAAGGUUUUUCUUGUGGUUCUCUUUUGGCUCUUUUCAAGAUGAUUCAUCUGAUUGAGGAUGGAGUUGACAGGAAGAUCAACAAGUUCAUUCCAAUCAACAAGUUUGAGCCUGAGGCUGAUUUGGUCAAAAUUAAUUUCGUUGGAUAUAUUUCUCAGUCGUUUUCCGUUCCUUUCUAUUUGUCAUUUGAAAAUUUCAAGAAAAGAGUCAGUUCCCUGAUCUCUGUCAACGAGCAGUGCUUCUCCUUCAUACAGAGAAACAGAGUGGUGACAAAAGAUACAUUUAAACUAAUCAAUAACGAUGUGUUUGAAAUUAAGGUUUGGUAUUCAAUGGAAUUCGAAAAAAAUCUUCCAAAAGUUUUUCCUUCCCAAAUUCUAUCUCAGGAUAAAUACCAAAAAGAUCUGUUUGACAUUCUAAAUCGGAAUGACAGAAUGUCAAAACUGAGUUUGCAAGUUCUGAAUUUGCUGCCGACACUAGAAAGCCAAAAUGAAAUUCUGAGGAAAACGCAAUUUAAUCCGAAAGAAUGGGCAAAUUUUUUGCAAACAAAGAACAGAUAUCUCUUCCUCUACAGACUGAAUUUAGUCGGUUCCAUUCUGCAAGGAAAGCAUCUUGAGUGGAUAAAGUUCUUCUACGAGAGCGGAGGAGUGAAAGUACUGCUCGGGAUCCUGAUUUUCUGCGUCAGAAAAUGUUUCGAUGAAGAUGAAAUUGAACUCAUUUUGGAAGUGACAAAAAUAUCAAUUUUCCAGGAAUUUUUCAACGAAAAAGAAAUGAAUUCCGUAUUUGAUCCAAAAAACUUGUCGGCUUUAGUUCAAUUUGCAAUUGACUACGCAGAAAAUGAAAGGAUUUUACUAAAUUUGUUGCUAAUUUUGCAAAAAUUUAAUUUGGAAAAUGACAAGAUUGAGAACUUUACAAAGUUAUUUGACAUUACAAUUUUCCAUUCUAACAAAAUGAUUCGAGAAACUAUUUCUACAAUUAUAAUGAAGCAGACAACCGAAAAUCAAGAAAGAUUCUUAUUAUCUAACUUAGAAACUUCUUCAAAACAAAAAUUUACUGAUUUCUAUUUUGUUUUGUUGCAAGAUUUUGCUUCGAAGACAGAAAAAACAGAAAAAUUGUGGUCUGAAACAAUUUCCAUCUUGUUUGACUUAUACUACCCGCCGCAGACUGACAAUGUGAUAGAGAAACUAAACUACAAACCAAAUGACUUCAUCUACUGUCAGAAUUUGUUCGUUAUUUUGGAUAAACUGAGAGAUAAAUUUGACAUUUUGCCAAAUAGUAGAAAAUUGUUUGUUUUCCUGAUUUCAGACAUUUUAUUCAGUGGCUACAAAUUUUACAUUCCAUCAAAAGAGAUUUUCAACUUGAUUUUCACGAUUUUGGAUCAAAAUCCAGAAUUUUGUCAGCCUCUUUUUGACAAAUUGAAUCAAAUCCAGGACUUGGUCUACAAGAUGCCAUCAAAUCUCCCUGAAAUAAGAUUGACUGGAUACGAUGUCAAAAAAGGUAUUUUUAAUCCAGGAAAAAUUGACUAUAUAUCAGUUAUUUUGAUGUCACUUUUUGGAUUAACUAAUUUUAGAAAUGAAUUUAUGGGGAAAAUUUCCGAAAAUUGGAUGUCCGAAAUUCAGUUUUUAUUUGGAGAGAUUUUGUUUUCUCCUUCAUUUUAUGUUAAUUCAUUUUUCUUUUUGGAGAAAUUCAGCUUUGAUGACGGCGUCCAAUUAGAUGUCACUCAACAGGGAGAUUCUCUAGACUUCUACAAGUUCUUUGUCAACAACUCAUCCCUGAAAAACUAUUUCUCAGGUAAAAUUUCAAAAUAUUUGAUUGACAACACGAAAAUUACAGAAGAUUUCGAUGUUUUAUCACUGGAUGUAGAGAAAUUCAACAGUUUGGAAGAAUCUCUUAAGAACUACUUGAGAUCUGAUAAGAAGAUUGUCGAAGAAAAGAAUGAAAGUGACUUGGAAAACCCCCCAGAACCUGUCAUGAAAAAAGAUGAACAAAUUGAAGAAGACGUCACUUUUACUAAUUUUGUCAAUUCAAUUCAAGUUCCAAAAGAAGAAGAAACUAAAACUGAUGAGAUGAACACAGACGAAAUAAAAAGAAUUAAAUUUGUCAAAGCUCCAAAAGUGUUGGUAUUUAAAUUGAACAGGUUUGUCCGGAAUGAAAAUAAAACGAUUGAGAAAACGAACAAAAAGUUUUCAUUUCCAUUUGAACUAGAUAUAUCUGACGAGCUGGACAUUUCUCUUUCUACUGCCAAGUACGAACUGAAUUCUAUUGUUGCACAUCAGGGAAAUUAUUUAAGUGGUCACUUCACUUGCUAUACAAAACUUAACAAUGAAAAAUGGGUUUUAUUUGAUGACCACAAUUCGUUUGAGGUUGAUUUGGAGACAGUGAAAAACAACAAUUUCGGCGGUUUCGAAAAUAUUGAAUAUUUUGAUUCAAGAACUUUACAAAUGUCACUUUUACAAUUUGAGAAAUCCACUUCUGGCUAUUUAUUGUUUUAUUCGAAAAUCAAAAGUAAUUCAAAAGAGGAGCGAAUUGACGAUUUGAUUUUAGAGGAAACGACUAAACGGAUCAAAUACCACCUUUUCAAGUACACUUCCACUAAUCCAGAGUUCUCCAAACUCGUGUUGAAGGUGAGCGACGUCGACAGCACCGGGAUGUUCCUCUACAAAAACCUGAUCACAUUCACUCAGUCUUCAUUCCUCACAGAGGAAAACUCCCUCCCCCUCGUGGAGAAAUUCUGCGAAAUGAUGAGCGAGAACCACCAGAUUGCGGAGUUCGUUCUGACGCAGGACAAAGACGUCGACAACCUGCUGAUCAUUUGCAACAACCAGACAACAAGGAAAGUCUACUCUUUGAUACUUUCCGAGGCAUUAAAUUUCGCAUGCCAGGUGAAGAAGCUCCUUUUCACUGAAUUCCUCGCAAAUAAAAUUGUCUCGCAGUCCGAAAUGAUUUCUAGCUCAUGGAGGAAUCUGGACGAGUUCUGGGCUGUCGUGAAGAGAGCUGUGGAACUGACAGACGACAAUGAAAAAGAAAUUUUCUUCGAAGCAAUUUUCGUGUUUGUCAAAACGGUUUUGCCUUUGCAUUCAAUGAAUUUCCCUGAUGAAAAUGUCAUUUCGAGUAUUAAUGUUGAUUUGGUGUUUGAGAUACUAAUUAUGACGUUUUCGACCGACCAAACUAAAAAAUUUAAAGAAUCUUUCGGAAUUUUACAGAAAGAAUUCAUAGAAACAUGGAUUAAACCGUUGAAACAUACUAAAUCAUUCAUAACAUUCAUAUCCAGGUUCAUUGGAGAUGAUCCAAAGUACGCAAACAUGCUGAAAACAAUAAUCUUGGAGUCAUCAAAGCAAAUGACGGCUUUGCUUAGUUCCGCCUACAUCACACUCGGUUUAUUCAUGGAUGGCAAUGUCAGUAGCAUCAUUAUUGACACUGUAAUGAAAGUUAUUACCUCAAAAUCUCCGGAAUUUAUUGCUAAUGUCAUAGAAGAAGCUGCAAAUAGACUGAAUUACUGCAUAAACUUGAAGAAUUCAUCGACAAUAGAGAAUGUUUACGCUAUGUUUAUCCCUUAUCUCUUAAAUGAAAACCAAGUUGUAAGAGAAGCAUCUCAAAAGUUGCUCAUUGCAACACUUCCGCCACCACUAAAGCAUGUGGAUAUUGUUGUUGAAGAGGAACCCGAAGAAAAAGAAGAAAAUAAUUAUUUUGUUCAAAAUAAGAAAGAUGAUGAUGACGAAAACGAAGGAUAUAUAUUAAAAGACUUUGAUGAUGCAAGUGAUAUCGAAAAUAAUAAUCAAAAUGAUGAAGAAGAUUUAGAUGAAGAAAAGAUUAAACAAAAAAUGGAAGAUAAGAUAAAAGUUGCCGAAAAUAUGAAGCAAAGUAGUGAUUUGGACCAGUUUAAGACUGCAUUCAACAUAAUGCUGUCUUAUUUGCCAGAUUUAGUUUCAAUUACUCAUAGGAUUGUCGAAUAUUUCGGUGAUUUCAUGUACAACAGGCGUGAAGUGCUGACAUUCUUCCCUGCACCGAAUUAUUUUGUUGUUUUGAAGGAAAUUAUGAAGAGAUCUCAAAUUUUCGGGGAGUUUUACAAGAAUUCUGGGUUAUUUGUUGACGCAAUAAGCAAUUUUGGAAAGGAUUUGUACUCUCCAAACCAGUCAUUAGCUUAUUGCUUUGAUUUCUUCUAUUUCAGUACGAAUGGAAAGCCACAACUUGUUUGGAAUACGAAUAAUUCCGCCAAAUUCUUCAAAUCAUUUGACUACUUCAGAAGAAAUUUCCCGAAUAUUUCUUCUUUGAGAAAUCUUCUCAGUUUAGUGACCAAAAGCGAAGUCCUUAAGUUCUUUUCAUCAUCUCUGUUCUAUUUCCUUGUCCGAGACUGCAUGUGCGACGAUUUGUACCAUUUUAUUGUUAAUAACGUCAAUGAAGAGAACUAUUCAUAUGUUACAAGCUUGUUAUUCUCAGAUGAUGUGAUUAGGAUGUCUGUUAUCUCGAAGUACUCUGUAUUCUUCGCUUUGUCCUCGCGAAUUCUCGAAAAAAUUCCGAAAUCAUCCGAUGAUUUCUUUGAUUUUGAGAGAAUCCGCUUUUAUCUAGUCAACACUGCUAAGUACAAGUCACCGCUCACAUUGCUGAUAAUAGACAUCCUUACGAACUUCAACAAAUCAUUUGUUCUUUUCAACAAGGAAAAGAAAAAUUUGUUCGGAGGCCUGAGAACUGACAAACUGUCGAAUCUCUACUUGUACAAGAUCCAGAUCGAGUUCGGCGACCUCUUUGACAUGAUGAUGAACUCUCAUCCAGCAGCAUCGAAGUAUUUUGUUGAUUAUUUGACUUCAUUUUUGACAAUUUCUGAUGAAUUGAGAGAAAAAAUCUUCAAAACUAUUUUGCAGAGGAAAACAUGUCUGUUGGAUGGUUGUCCACCUCAUUUGCAACCGCUCAUCUGCGAUUUCUACAAAGUCCUUUCGCAGCAAAUCAAUUUUAACUCAUUCGACCACAUAUUGAGCGGUUUGUCAACUCACAUUUGCAGGGAAAUGACAUUUGUCUCCGAAGAGUAUCUGGACAACAUUUGCUCUGCAUUUCUGCUGUCUACGAUGACUGAUGAACUGAUCACGAAUUCUCCAGCGAAUAUCAAUAAGAAAAUAAUUUCUGUUGAUAAUUCUGUGCUGAUUGAGAGCUUGGACAAGGUUCUGAUGUCUUCAAAGCAGUUCAAAACAUUCUCUGGAAGCUGCAGAAUAGUUGCAAUCCAGUCAGCUCAAAAUGUGGAAAAAGAAAAAAUUAAUAAUUGGAUUUGUCACUUUUCUGAUGUUUGUAAUUCGAUUAUUUCGAAUUGUUUGGAUGGAAAAGUUGAUGAGAAGUCCAUGAAUACGUUCGAAUCGUGCUACGACUUCAUGAAGGAGCUGUGCAACGACUUCGAGAUCGAAAUUCCGAAGAUUUCAUGCUCAGCGGAAAAGAUCAACCAGGAAAUGGAGAACUUGAAGACUGAGAUGAAUCAGGAAUUAAAGGAAAACAAAAAGAAAUUCUUUGAAUUUUUGUUAUGUUAUUUGAAUUAA